AUGGCGUCGACUUUUGGCAGUGCGCGCCGCAUGGCAGUUCUGAGUGGCCACGUGCUCUUACAGCCUGCAAGCAACAUACUGGAUCCUGUUGAAGUUGCAGAUGCAUCCGCAGAGCUGCAGCUUGUUCGUCGACAGGGUCAUUCUGUUCCUGAUGCAAUGAAGCAGGAAGGGAGUUCAGCGGUUAUGUUCUUCGAGAACCAUGCUCGGAGACUGUCCCACGCCGAGAAAGUUCGAACAAUGCUCCACACGAUAAGCAAUGGCACACUGUCAACUUCGCAUCAUGAAACUGGCUGGCCAUAUGGAAGCAUCGUUAACUUUGCUACAGAGCCAAGACCAGUGUCAGAUGGUGGUCCUCGCAUUGUGACCUUCGUGUCACGCUUGGCAGAGCACACUGCAAAUCUGCAAAAGAAUUCUCGGGCCUGCAUCUUGGUGUCCGAAGUGCAGGGUAAAGGCGACCGCUUGGCGGUUGCACGAGCAGCUCUCAUGGUGGAAGCAUUACAAGUCCCAAAAACGGAAACGGCCAAGGAUGCUUUUCUGUCUGUUCAUCCCAAUGCAUCGUAUGUCCAUUUUGAUGACUUCUUGUGCUUUGAGCUGUCAGUGAAGUCCAUCCGCUACAUUGGAGGUUUUGGUGAGAUGUCCUGGGUGAGUGGUCAGGAUUUCGCUUCUGCAGAGUAUGAUCCGGUUGCUGCCGACGUGCACUCUGCCAAAAGUGCAGUCGAUCAUUGCAACGACGACCAUGCUGAUGCAGUGUUGGAUAUGGCCAAAGCCUUUGCCGGUCUUCCACUGGCUGGAAAAGCCACAAUGCUUUCCGUGGAUCGCUAUGGCUUCGAUGUGCUUUGCCAGAUGCCAGAUGGCUUGAGGCGCAGCCGUGUUGAAUUCGCAAAGCGGUUGGACAGUGCUGCAGACUUGAGAGAGGCAAUGAUGAGCACAACGCAGUCAGCGCGGGAGAAGUUGCCGAAGAACGUGUGA